CGGGCCUGGGGCGGCGCGAGCGCGGAGCUUGCGGCUGGACAGCAAGAUGCCUGGUGAACAGCAGGCAGAAGAAGAGGAGGAGGAAGAGAUGCAGGAAGAGAUGGUGCUCCUGGUGAAGGGUGAGGAGGAUGAGGGUGAGGAGAAGUAUGAGGUGGUGAAACUCAAGAUUCCCAUGGACAACAAGGAGGUCCCGAGCGAGGCGCCUGUGCCACCUGCCGACCCGACACGCCCACACGCGUGCCCGGACUGCGGCCGCGCCUUCGCGCGCCGCUCCACGCUGGCCAAGCACGCGCGUACGCACACGGGCGAGCGGCCCUUCGCGUGCACCGAGUGCGGCCGUCGCUUCUCGCAGAAGUCGGCGUUGACUAAACACAGCCGCACACACACAGGCGAACGACCCUACGAGUGCCCCGAGUGCGACAAGCGCUUCUCGGCGGCCUCGAACCUGCGGCAGCACCGGCGGCGGCACACUGGCGAGAAGCCAUACGCAUGCGCGCACUGCGGUCGCCGCUUCGCGCAGAGCUCCAACUACGCACAGCACUUGCGCGUGCACACGGGCGAGAAGCCGUACGCGUGCCCGGACUGCGGGCGCGCCUUCGGCGGUAGUUCGUGCUUGGCGCGCCACCGACGCACGCACACGGGCGAGCGGCCGUACGCAUGCGCCGACUGCGGCACGCGCUUCGCCCAGAGCUCGGCGCUGGCCAAGCACAAGCGGGUACACACGGGCGAGAAGCCGCAUCGCUGCGCCGUGUGUGGCCGCGGUUUCGGCCACCGCUCCAACCUGGCGGAGCAUGCGCGCACGCACACGGGCGAGCGGCCCUACCCGUGCUCUGAGUGCGGCCGCCGCUUCCGCCUCAGCUCGCACUUCAUCCGGCACCGGCGCGCGCACAUGCGGCGCCGCCUGUUUAUCUGCGCCGGGUGCGGCCGGGACUUCAAACUACCCGCAGGCGCCACAGCUGCUACUGCCACAGAGCGCUGCCCGGAGUGCGAGGGCAGCUGAGCCGCCGUUCUUGUCGCCUCCGCUGGGGGCCCAACUUGGCAGCUGCGUUAUCUUGGACAAUCCUCUUCCCUAGCGUCGAGGCCUGGGAAAGCGUGGGACGGCAGUCUGGCUGCCCGCUACCAUAGGGAGAAUCCCUCGACGGGGGCCUUGAAAACUGCCAACCUCCCCUCACUACAUCCCCUCGUCCGUGUUGGUGAAUAAAGUAUUCUAUCCU